AGGAGUCACAUAUGUAUGAUGAUGAUGAUAUGCGGCUUCCUUCUAGUCAUUUCCUGGCAAUUCACAUUUGUGCAGAGUAUAAAAUCCAGUGAGACUACCAGCCACUUGAUCCAUUAUUCUGUGCAGAGAGAAAGCAUGUCCAACGCACUUCAACCCAGGGAAGCUGGCAAGUUCAUUACAGAGAAAAGCAAAGAUGUGUUUGUGGAACCAGAGGGCAUUCAAAAACUUGCCGACAAGUUGUAUGAGAAGAUCAUCCGGAAUGAAAUCACCCUGGCUGGUUGGAAAGGUCUCCAUGAGCUGAACCCACAAAGCUCCGGAGAAGACGCUGUCAACUGGGUGUUCUUUGCAGACACUUUAAACUUCUCCUUCUGGUCAGAGAGCGAGGACAAAAAAUAUCUAGUCCGAUACAAGGGGAAGGAGUACAGUGGAUAUUGGUCAUUAUGCGCUGCAAUGAACAGAGCCCUGGAUGAAGGAAUUCCACUUACUGCUGCAUCCUACUACUGCACUGUAACCAUGGACCAAUUAAAAAAAAUUCUACGUUCUGACUCAAAGUUCCCAAUCCCAAUGAUAGAAGAACGUCUCAAAAUCCUGCAUCAGACGGGAAAGGUUAUCAUGGAAAAAUUUGGAGGUUCUUUCCUUAACGUUCUCAAGCAGAGUGAAAAGAGUGCAGUGAAAUUGAUGCAACUGGUGGUGGAAAAUUUCCCAUCAUAUCGAGAUGAGGCAACCUUUCAGGGUGUCAAAGUGGCUUUCUACAAGCGAGCACAGAUCCUUGUUGGAGAUAUUUGGGGUGUGCUAGAAGGCAAAGGUGAUGGCUGCUUUUCUGACAUUCGUCAAAUAACCAUGUUUGCAGACUACAGGAUUCCACAAGCCUUGGUCCACUUUGGUGCGAUGAGAUAUUCAGAGAAUCUAUUGAAAAAGCUAAAUGAAGGAUGGCUUUUCCAGAACGAAGACGUAGAGGAGAUAGAGAUCCGUGGUUGUUCCAUCUGGGCUGUGGAACUUAUUUGUGAGCAUAUCGAGGAGCUCUUCCGGAAAAAUGGGGGAAAAAUGAACAACGAAAUCACACCUGUUCUGAUUGACCACUUCCUAUGGGACUAUGCACGUGAUUACAGGGAUGAAAUAAAUGUGGUUCCAUAUCACAGGGUGCGCUGCAUUUACUAUUAAAUUAAUCAAGGGCCUAAAAAUGUGUUUUCCCCUUUCUACACUUUUAACGCUUUAAAACGUGGUAUAUUUUUCCACAAGUGUCAGUUUUUGUUAAAUAAAUGGGAUAAUAAUGCUUCAAAAUUCUAGGUAAAAAUGGCUAAUUUAAAACAAUUCUCCAACUCAACCAUUGUCACAGCUUGGCUAUUUUUGCAUUUCGUUCUGGAUUUCCAACAAUGAUUUGAUAAUAAACCCCUUUGUCUUGAGCACUAUUGAAAUAUAUACAAAAUCAGAAAUGUCUAUCUACAAAACUUGGUCAGGUUUUGUUUUAAUGCUGCAUUUUCCUACUUAAAGAAACCAACACACAUCAUGUUGUCUAAUUCUCUGUGGUCAGUGUGUUUAUACUGUGUGCUGCAAAAGUAAGAUUGUGCA